GGAAGAAAAACGGUUAUUUCCCACAGCGGAGAGCCAAGAAGAUUACCGGCGCGAGGAAGGUGAGAGAGAAGGCAGGAGAGGAAUAAGAAGACGCUACUUCUGACUUGUAGAAGUAGGGGACUUUGCGUCUGAAACAUUAGGGGAAAAGAAUACCGCACUGGCUGCUGAACAUAGACUAACAUGUCAGCAUAUGAAUGAAAGCAGAACUAUGAAAGCGCGUGGGCAUUUGAGCUUUACCUUUCAUAGAGAGACCAAUAGGUGACUGAUCGUAUAGGAUUAAAAUAGUCACACCCAGACUAUUAUAGUUCUUAGGCAGAAAAAGGGGACCGUCCGAAAGUCAUGGAGUAUAGAGUAGAAAUAAAAAUUAGCUAGCGUCAAAAGAUUAAAGAAGACGGCAAAAAAUAAAUUGCUUGGAGCAGCUGGAACCUGUUAAAGAAUGGAUUGUAGCUCUAUUCGCAAAUUCAUCACCAGAUGGUGUGCUGGAGAGGAGAACUGGGUGGACACCAGGACGGUGUACAUCGGAAACAAGGAGCCCCCACCGGGAGCGGAGGCCUACAUUCCCCAGAGGUACCCCGACAACCGCAUCAUCUCCUCCAAGUACACCUUCUGGAAUUUUGUUCCGAAGAAUUUGUUUGAGCAGUUUAGAAGAAUUGCCAAUUUCUACUUCCUCAUCAUAUUUCUUGUCCAGUUGAUAAUUGACACUCCCACCAGUCCCAUCACCAGUGGACUACCUCUCUUCUUUGUCAUCACUGUCACGGCCAUCAAACAGGGCUAUGAGGACUGGCUCAGGCACAAAGCAGACAAUGCUAUUAACCAGUGUCCUGUGCACGAGGUGCAGCAUGGGAAGGUGAUCAGGAAACAGAGUCGUAAGCUGAGGGUGGGUGAUGUGGUGCUGAUCAAGGAAGAUGAGACGUUCCCCUGUGACCUCAUCCUUCUCUCCACCAGUAGGGAGGACGGGACCUGUUUUGUCACUACAGCCAGUCUGGACGGGGAGUCCAGUCACAAGACCUACUAUGCUGUGCAGGACACUAAGGCCUUCAACACAGAGGAGGAUUUCGAUACUCUACAGGCUUCUAUUGAAUGUGAACAACCACAACCAGACCUCUACAAAUUCGUGGGCCGAAUCAAUAUUUAUUCAGACAGAAACGAGCCCAUCGCGAGGCCUUUGGGAUCUGAGAACCUACUUCUCAGAGGGGCGACACUGAAAAACACACAGCACAUAUAUGCUGUUGCCAUCUACACUGGUAUGGAGACCAAGAUGGCGCUCAACUACCAGUCCAAGUCCCAGAAACGCUCUGCAGUGGAGAAGUCAAUGAAUGCGUAUCUGAUAGUGUACCUGUGCAUCCUGAUCAGCAAGGCUCUGAUCAACACAGUGCUGAAGUAUAUGUGGCAGGCAGACCCGGACAAAGACGAGCCCUUCUACAACCAGAAGACUGACACAGAGAGGCAACGCCAUAUAUUGAUCCGGGCGUUCACAGACUUCCUGGCCUUCAUGGUGUUGUUUAAUUACAUCAUCCCCGUGUCCAUGUACGUUACCGUGGAGAUGCAGAAGUUCCUGGGGUCCUACUUCAUCAUGUGGGAUGAUGAGAUGUUUGACGAGGAGCUGGGAGAGAGGGCUCAGGUUAACACAUCUGACCUCAAUGAAGAACUGGGACAGGUGGAGUACGUGUUUACAGACAAGACAGGCACCCUGACAGAGAACAACAUGGAGUUUAUAGAGUGCUGUGUGGACGGCUAUGUUUACGUCCCUGAUGCCAUCUGUAAUGGACAGGUCAUGCCAGGGGCAACCAGCAUGGACAUGAUCGACUCCUCACCUGGACCAGGGGGCAAGGAGUCUGAGGAGUUGUUCUUCCGGGCGUUGUGUCUGUGCCACACGGUACAGGUGAAGGAGGAGGAGACAGUGGAUGGCAUCAAGAUGGGUAUCCACCAGAACAAGGCCACCUCCUUCUACAUAUCAUCCUCUCCUGACGAGGUGGCCCUGGUGGAGGGCAUGAAGAGGCUUGGCUUCACCUAUCUGCGGCUGAAGGACAGUCACAUGGAGAUUCUUAAUAGGGAGGAUGAGGUCGAGAGGUUUGAGCUGCUGGAGGUAUUGACCUUUGACUCUGUGAGAAGGAGAAUGAGUGUUAUCGUCAGGUCCACCACAGGGGAGUACUACCUGUUCUGUAAAGGGGCUGACUCCUCCAUCUUCCCCAGGGUAAUCUCUGGCAAGGUGGAGCAGGUCAAAGCCAGAGUGGAGCACAACGCUGUGGAGGGCCUACGGACACUGUGCGUGGCGUACAGGAAGUUGAGUGUGGCUCAGUACGAGGAGACGUGUCACCUGCUGAACAGCGCCAAGCUGGCCCUGCAGGACCGAGACAGGAAGCUGGCCGAGGCCUAUGACCUCAUUGAGAAGGACUUCAUACUGCUGGGGGCCACCGCCGUGGAGGACAGGCUCCAGGACAAGGCAGCAGACACCAUCGAGUCUCUCCAGAAGGCUGGGAUGAAGGUGUGGGUGCUGACCGGAGACAAGAUGGAGACGGCGGCGGCUACUUGUUACGCUAGCAAGCUGUUCCGCCGCUCCACACAGAUACUGGAGCUGACCACCAAACGCACCGAGGAACAGAGUCUACAUGACGUUCUGUUUGACCUGAGUAAAACCGUACUCAGACAGCAUGGUAGCAUGACCAGAGACACCUUCUCAGGUCUGUCUGCUGACUGUGUGGAUUACGGUCUGAUCAUCGACGGGGCCACCCUGUCUGCGGUGCUGAAGCCCAGUCAGGAGGACUCCAGUCAGGGGAACUACAAGGAGAUCUUCCUGGAGAUCUGUAGGAACUGCAGCGCUGUGCUCUGCUGCCGCAUGGCGCCCCUCCAGAAAGCACAGAUUGUGAAGCUGAUCAAAUCGUCUCCAGAACACCCAAUCACGCUAGCCAUUGGAGACGGGGCUAAUGAUGUUAGCAUGAUCCUGGAGGCUCACGUGGGCAUCGGCAUCAUGGGUAAAGAGGGUCGCCAGGCAGCGCGGAACAGCGACUACGCCAUCCCGAAGUUCAAACACCUGAAGAAGAUGCUGCUGGUUCACGGACACUACUACUACAUCCGCAUCUCAGAGCUCGUCCAGUACUUCUUCUACAAAAAUGUCGCCUUCAUCUUCCCUCAGUUCCUCUACCAGUUCUUCUGUGGCUUCUCCCAACAGCCGCUGUAUGACACAGCCUAUCUGACACUGUACAAUAUCAGCUUUACCUCUCUACCCAUCCUGCUCUUCAGCCUCAUCGAGCAGCACAUCAACAUGGACAUCCUCAAGAAAGACCCCUCCCUCUACAGGGACAUAGCUAAGAACUCUCUUCUGCGUUGGCCCAUUUUCAUCUACUGGACCUUCCUGGGGGUAUUCGACGCCGUCGUCUUCUUCUUUGGUUCUUACUUCCUGUUCAACAACAGCACCUUCACCAGCAAUGGACAGCUAAUGACAACCAACACACAGAUGAUGUUUGGUAACUGGACGUUUGGGACUCUGGUCUUCACUGUGCUGGUCUUCACAGUCACGUUAAAGCUCGCCCUGGACACACACUACUGGACGUGGAUCAACCACUUUGUCAUCUGGGGCUCGCUGCUUUUCUUCGUCAUCUUCUCUCUGCUAUGGGGAGGCAUCAUUUGGCCCUUCCUGAACUACCAGAGGAUGUACUACGUGUUUAUUCAGAUGUUGUCCAGCGGUCCGGCCUGGCUCAGCAUCAUCCUGCUCAUCGUCAUCAGUUUGCUGCCUGACGUGGUCAAGAAGGUCGUCUGCAGGGCCCUGUGGCCCACCACCACAGAACGCAUCCAGAAUGCAGACAAGCUGUAUAAUGGCCAGCUAUCGGAGUUCACCCCGCUGGCAUCUCUCCACGCUCCCACACGCAGGAGGGCCGACCACCAGAACCCCAUUCCCAGAAGGUCUGAACCCUUCACCAAAAAACUCAUGUUCACCCACUGGAGGGGCGGGCCCGACUACUGCACUUUCACCCCACUCCUCCGAUUCGCCGGCAACUCCAGUCACUCUGGGGCUAGCUACGCCCACAAUGGGGCAGGGCCUGAGACCUCGGUGUAGUCUAGAGUGGAGUUUAGUCUGAUUUAGACUGGAAGUCUAGACCAAGAUUUCAGUGUUGAGCAAUUGACCACUGGAACAAUCUGUCCUCUAGACAAUAGAUACCUAAUCUAGACGCGUACAGUUACCAAUGCCAUUGUGAAAAAGCAAACAAACACCAAAUCCACACAGAAGGACGAUCCACAUGAUCCACAGUCCUAGGGCUGUGUUGUGUUAGCACAAGGAGCUGAGUGAACUGAACAGACUUGGCUCCAGGCAAGCAGUGGCUGUGGAUUGGUGGAAAGGGCCUUGGCUCCACCCAAUACUGUCUACUGUGGGUCCGACCCCUCAGACCCACCCUGCAGUGUGUGUGUGUGUGUGUGUGUGUGUGUGUGUGUGUGUGUGUGUGUGUGUGUGUGUGUGUGUGUGUGUGUGUGUGUGUGUGUGUGUGUGUGUGUGUGUGUGUGUGUGUGUCACUCCCCCGUAUCUGUCUGUCAGUGAUGAUGUCAUUUAAAGUGUUUGUCAUAAAGGAUGUCACUCCCCCGUAUCUCCCUGCCGCUGUCAACUGUCUGUCAGUGAUGAUGUCAUUUGAAGUGUCAUAAAGCAGGGAUGUCCAGUAUGAAUGGAAGAUGUUCAGAGGUAUUGCAUGUGCAUUAACUGACCACACUUUCCUGUUUCUCUUUUGUCUUGUCUUUUCCUCUCUUCCUCUCUCUUUCUGUCCUGCUUUUUAUAGAACAAACUGGUGUUGCCUCUGUGCGUAUCUCUUAUCCAGGAACACGCCAUAAGACACUAGUCUUUUCCAGUUCAGUUGUAAGUGGCGAGGCCGUGAUAGUGGUUUAUCUCUACUGGACUAGAGACAGUUCUGUGUGUGUAGUAUCCCGUGUCAUAGACUGUCCUUGUGUCUACUGUACAGUGAUGUGAUUAUACCUCCAUUCCUCCUUGUAACCGUCCCAUUUCCUGACAUGGAAGCUGAGGCAUCCUGCCUCACGUAGUGCUGAGGAACUACAGUGGUAAACCAGUAUGCAUGGGAAUCCUUUUCCGCCUUAACAUCUACACAGUGUUUCCUUUGAAAUACACAGUAGUCUGGAACCAAAGGAUCAGAAAAUACUUUUUCAAUGGCUUGCCUUGCUGGUUAUUGCCUUACACUGAGACUGGGUGGGACAGAGGAAGAGAAAUUCUGCCUUACGCCACACCAGGAUUGGUGGACAGUAUUAGAUA